AGUGUGCAUUAGUUCAGGAGUGCAGUAAUAAAAAACAGACCCUAUGAACAAAGCACUCAGCGCGCACCAGUUCUGCCAAUGAAAACCGCUGUAACAUACAUCUAUAGUCCGUGUACUCUGUGCAUCACGACCGACCGUCAAUGCGUGGUGGCAAUGGUGGCAUCACUGCCGUUGCCGGCAUUCAAGAUGUAAAGAGCGCGUUUAAAUUGCCUGUUUCGCCAUACGCGCAACGAUGGCAGAUUUUAACGACGGGGUGGAUGGAAAACUGGCCUUCAGAAUGCGAAAGGUCAAUCCCGAGCAAUUUCACACGCUCGUAAAAAUGCACCUGUCCUUCGAGCUGGAUCUCAACACGGAGGACAGCGAUAGCACUACUGAGAAAGCAAGGCUGAAGAGGUGGGGCCUCCUGAGCUUCACCAAGAAAUCCAAGUCCUCGGUUAACUUGGAAAAGGGUACAGAAGGUGUCAUGUUGUCCGAGGAUGGUAUAAAUCACUUGACACAGCUCAUAGAUUAUCUGUCCAAGGAGCAGAAUAUCAUACAGGAGGGAAUAUUCCGACGUACUGGAAAGUUGACGAGGCAGCAGGACUUGAAGACAGCCAUGUCCCAAGGUGUAUUUUUAGACCUCGAUGACGGCAGGUUCAGUGUACACGAUUGUGCCUCUGUGUUAAAAGGCUUGCUGGCGGAAUUAUCUGAGCCGCUCCUGACGGACCUGCAUUAUCCAGCGCACUGCCAGAUCGCUGAAUUGUGCAGCUUGGACGCAAAGACGAACGACGCGAGAUUACUGAGUUCCUUGCAAUUGCUGCUGCUGCUCUUGCCACCCCCCAACAGAAUCUUACUGAAGGCCAUUCUUACCCUGUUGAACAAGACUGCGAGUUACGAGCACAGUAACAAGAUGAACAGCGACACGCUGGCCACUCUCUUCACGCCGCACCUGUUGUGCCCGCGAAAACUGUCGCCCGAGGCGUUGCACAUCAAUUCUCAAAAUCUGUCGUGUCUAGUUGCAUUUAUGAUUAGGAAGGGUACGGAAUUGUUUGAGAUUCCAUCGAAAUUGGCCACGGAUAUAAGAGCGUACUGGGUGGAGCAGGAAAGAAAGUUGCUAAGCCCCAAGAAGACCGAUCUGAACGAGUCUGUACCGGACGCUACUAACACAGCCCGCACGGUGUUCAGCUUCGUCGAUCGUAAGCUAACGGCGAAGGCUAAUUCCACGCAGGACACGCAGGCAGCCUUGGCUCAGCUGUACGCCCAUAUACAAGCCAUGCCCGAGUCAGCUAAGAAGCGACGGCUCGUGAAGCAAUUUAACAAGGAGAACGGCCAGGGUACACCCAGGCACGUGAAGAAUUGCAAAACCAAGAGUCUCGGUGACUCCAUCAAGAAGCAUAUCUUUCAAAGGAAGAUCUUAGGCCACAAAAAGUUCGUUGACAUUAAUAUCGGAUGCAAUAUAACGAGGUCGAGCAGUGAAGAAAAUAUAUUGUCGACGAAGUUAGAAGACUCAUUUCCCCCGGCAAGAGCGGUCCUUAGCAAAUCAAACGACGAGCUUAGCACGGAAAACUGUGAUAUGACUAACAACGAUCUUUUACGUGCCAAACACACGAGUAGUAUAGAUAGCAUUAAGAAUGAGACUUUGACAAAUUAUAAGGCAAAAAAGAAGCUGUCGGUCGACGAAUCUAUAAAUACGAGAGACGAGGUAGAUGGAAAGGACGCGCAGCAGGACACGAAACAGGGUUUGGGUUCGAUCGAGCUCAGUACAAGCUUACAAGAGAUUAACGUGAUGAUUAACGAGGAUAGUCAAUCUGACGCUGGUAAAUUAACGCGACCGCUCAGUGAGCCGCCCGACCUGUACUCCACUCGCAAUGUAAGUCACUGUGAUAAUUUAACGAACGACGGUGCACGGCGAAAAUCGGAAUCCGCCCUCGCGUCUGUCGCGACAACGAAUGCGCGAAGCUCUCCUGCGGAAACUUGUACCUCGAACGUCAAGUCAUCCGAGGCCACUUUGAAUGUUGAGUCGCAUGAAAGCGCAUGUACGCAUAAUUUACAGUCUCCGAAGGUAAAAAACAGAUUCAGGAAUGUGUACGCCGUUCACACGUCGACGCCAUCGAGUUUGCUACGACGAAGCUUGGCAACUAACGACUAUAUCUUGACUCCUAUUACUAACAAUGAUAGAAGCAUGAGUCCGAUUACGCAAAGCGCAACAAAAAUGACGAAGGCCAUGCAGGAAACUAUGAUGACUCCACGUUCGAGAAAGCCAGUGAUGAUCGUUUCAACCUCGAAUCUAUGCAAUCUCGUCGCUGGCGGCAACAGCUGCGAUUUGCGCGGAUCAAAUAUAGACAUGGUUAGUGCAAUAAACAAUUGCACUUCCAUUUUAGAGGAAUCCCAGACGUACAACAGUACGGACAAUGCGCUAGCUCACACGAAGGAAACCGAAGGAAACAAUGGAUUGGCCACGCUCGACAAGCACAGCUGUGUACAAUCUAUUGCAAACUGCUGCGCCUGUACGCAACAAAGUUCCAUGUCCAUAACGAGCACGUUCAGGGAAUAUUUGUUAUCGAGGAGCGUGUUAACCGCCAGUCCCGUUGAUCUUAGCUUUACGUCGCGGACAGGCGACUUCGAGCAAUCGGAAUCCGAUUUGAAUAUAUUAAACGAUGAUACGCUAUCUGACAGUUUGUUAUGUUGCUUGGACGGUAACCAACCCGAAUCUGAUACUUCCGGCAUUGCGUCCGGCAGCACGAAUAGCGCGAAUAAUUCCACGGAGAAAACAGAGGAGUUGCCUUCUCCGCGAAAACGAGGGACCAGCUUGCAACGGAACGACUCUAAAAAGUCCGUGAGGGAAGGCGCGGUCAAGAGUGCGAGAAGCGAGGAGCGUAAACAUAAGUUGCGAGAUGAAUCGACGUUAAAUCCAGCAAAGAUAAGAGAUAGCUUUCAAGAGACAUCAUUUUAAGCUAUAUCUACAUAUACGAGUUAUUUAAUUAUUAGUAUUAGCAUAUCGUUAAGUAUAAGUAGAUUUCUUUGUAUACUUUAAGUCUCAGGAGAAUUUCGACAUUAAUUUAAGUUUACAAAUAUGACCUUAUGACGGGGUGUCUCACGCAAACUUGAGCAGGGCUGUAUCUAUAAAACGACUGGAGAUGGGACAAAAUGUUGCGGGGCAAAAUUUAAUGAUUUAGAUUCAAGUUUCUAUAUUUUAUGCGUUUUUGUACAUAAAUCAUUACAAGGUGCGAUUGCACUUACUUUAUGUGGAACCCCGUGUCUUUAAGUGCACACUAAUUGACGCAGUUUUUUCUUCUCUACGGAAAACUGUUCUAAAGUUAUACUUGAAAAUUGUAAGUUUAGAAAUUAUCUCGACUGACUGAUUACAGAGAUACCUAUUAGAUAUUCGCGAUCAUUUCUGAGCGUUGCUUUGUAAUAGCUUUUUGUAAAGAAAGAAAAGCUGCAUUGAUUAAUGUAAAAAUAUGAAGUUUUAUUUAAGAAAAAAAUAAUGCAAUUGAACUUUGUAACCCGCGCACAAAAAUGCAUGGAAGUAUGAAUUGUGAGGCAUCCGAGAUCAUUUAACUUUACUUCAUGACAUUUUUCUUCCAUCUACACUUACCUUGCACGAGACAUAUCCUACAUACAAUUUUGUCCCGAGCGAAAAUUGAUUAUCCAACAGUAACUGGAUUAUUUAUUCCAUUUAUGUGGAAAUUAAAUCGUUAUUAACUGUGCAUAUGAUGAUAUUCAGGAGAAUUUAAUUUUCCUUCCAUGACAAUUUUGAUAAAAGACGUUUGUGAAAACCGUGUAUUGCUAUAAAAUGCAACAGUGUUUUUUUAUUUUAUUCUGUAAUCAUCAAAUUGCACAAUACAUAUAAACUAUAUGCUUUGA